AAAUUAAAAUAAAUGGAAACACCUCCAAGAGGUUUACGCAAAUGUAGUAGAUUUGAAGCCAGUGAAAACAUAGCAUAAGCUCUUUAACAUGUUCGAAAAAUAUUCAAAAAUUUAGAUCCUGUUCUGCACUUCGAUUGCGUUUUCGCAUUAAGUUUAGCUACGAUGGAAAAUUGGUAUUCCGAGAAACAACGGAAUCGUAAGUAAGCAAGUAUAAAUGUAUAGUCGGGCAUAGCCGACCACAUGUUAAAAAUGUUAAAGUUAGAAACUCUGAAAAUUAGCAGAAAAAUGUCAAAGAAAAUAACAUCAUCACAGAGAUCUGGAACAACCAAAACAAAGCAAAUGUCUUUGAGUUCAUUUUUGGGUUGUAGUCAAAAUAAAAAAGAUACUGCACUAGCAGCAGCAAGAAAACCUAUGAAUCCUAUUUAUUUAGACUCUGAUACAGAUGAAGAACAGGAAGAUGAUGCGAAAAGUACCACUAGUUCACAGAAAUCCAAAGAACUUCCAGCCAAAAAGGAAAACAAUAAUAACAAUAUAUUAAUUAAAAAAUAUGUUUUUGAAGAUGUUGAUAAAUCACCUUUAGCGCCUAUAAAAACUAAAACCAAUAUUGGCACAGACUUAAAACAGGACACGUUAUCCAGUUCAAUACUUAACUCCCCUAUGAAAAUUAAUUUUGAUGACAUCGAAAAUACCUAUCAAACGUCUAUGAAAUCUCUUAAUGAAAGUAUAGAAAAAAUGACUAGAGAGCGCAAUAAAUUUACGCUUACACCAAUUAAAAAUUCUUCCUCAACAGCAGCAUCAACUGAAUCGUCUAAAGUCUUAAAUAUAUCAUGUGAAGAUGAUCAAGACGAUAGUUUUGAUGAUCUGGUCAAUCAAACUAAUCGAUACAAAAACAAUAACCCUAUCUCAGCUGCCACUAAUAGAACUGUAAUUGAUUUAAAUAGUAAAUUUGGUAAAACAAAUGAUGAUUACUCACCGAAGGAUGAAGAAGAGAAGUCACUGAAAUUAACACAAUUAACACCGCCCACAAAAAUUGAGAUGAAACCAAAUAGAUCCACAAUACAGCUAGAACCUGAGCCCGUUUUUGAUAUCGAUGAUAUGGAGGAAGAGGAAAGGCAAAUAAAAGCCGAACAAAAUGAAAUGAAGAAAUGGAAUAAGCCUGCCACUAUCGAAAGCAACAAUAAACAAAAUUUGGUGAAUGCCUCGGAAUCUGCAGCAACAAAAACAAAAACCACAACAGAUGAUAAUUUGAGCUGCUCUAAAAAAGUGGAAAAACCCAAUAUAAAUAUAGUUUUUGAAAGUGGCCUUAAUGAUUAUUUAUGUGAUUUAAUGCAAAGUCAUCAUUUCAAAACGGGCGUUAACGAAGAAAAUAUUCAUGUACUCAAAUCAAGCUUAUCGUUUUUCAAAACGAAAUACUCCGAAUUGAUGGAAAAAUAUUGCAAUAUAAUUGAUCAAAUACCAGCCGAUUAUUUUAAUUCUAUUGGAGGCUUUGAGCCGGGUACAUUUCUGAAAUUAAAAAUAAUACGACAAAAAUUCAAAGCUAAAACUAAACUACUUAAUACUACAUUGGAAAAAAAGGAGCAUCAACAAAGCACAUAUUUAAAUAUAGAUGAUGUAGAGACAGAGGAUGAAGAUGAAAAGUCACACAAUUUAAAACAAUUAAUACCUCCCACAAAAAUUGAGGUAAAACCAAAUAGACCCACAAUACAACUGGAACCUGAACCCGAUUUUGAUAUCGAUGAUAUGGAAGAAGAGGAAAGACAAAUAAAAGCCGAACAAAAUAUAAUAAACAAAUGUAAUAAGCCUACCACCAGCGGAAGCAACUAUUGUAAUGGAGCACCUGAGGAUGAAGAUGAUUUAAUAGAAAUAAAGCCCAGCAAUAGCAAAGAAAAAAUCUCUACAGUUAAUGUAGAAAAAAUGUCAGAGUUAACGCGUUUUAGGGAAGAAUUAGUACAUGAUCUAUGUGAAGAUGAGGAGGAGGAAGAUGAGGAACAAACUUAUUUAAAAGAAACCAUAUGUUUGGAUGACUAUGACGAUGACGUUAAAAACUAUAACAAUACAAAAUCAACUAAUGGAGAUAAUUUGGGAGCAGAUAUUGAAGAAGAUGAUUGCGAAUUGGAUGAUUUAUUAAAUGAUAUUAAAGAACAAGAUAAUGAGCUAAAGGGACGUCAAUCCCUGUUCAAUGGUUAUGCCUAUAGAGAUUUUGAUGAGGAUAAACAGCCGAUUAAGGAACAGCCACCAGCACAACGUAUCACAUUUCCGGUGGAAACUAAUCAAAAAGCUAAAACACCUGAAAUUGAUGAAGAUGGAUUUCCAAUAUAUGAUCCGGAACAAUUUGAAUUGGCCUAUUCACAAGCAGCGGCAAAAUAUUCUUCCAACUAUAAUAAACCGUCAAUCAGCACCUCUGCUACCACCACUAUAACUAUAGAUGAUGAUGAAGAUUUCGAUAAUCGACCCAGUACUAGCCACCGUUCAUCUUUAGCAAAUGAUUUGCUAAAAACGCCCACAACAAAAACGGAUAUACGGCCGACUUUAACAAAAUCUGCUCAAAAAAUAGCUGGUAAUUUUCAUUCGAAUGUUCAUAAUGAUGGUAUAACCGGUGAAUUUGAUGGUUGUAAUUAUCCACAUUCAGAGCGUAUGAUGCAAGCUUUACGCUUUAAUUUUGGUCUUAAAAGUUUUCGUCCCAAUCAAUUGCAGGUGAUAAAUGCUGCUCUAUUGGGAUAUGAUUGUUUUGUUCUAAUGCCAACGGGUGGUGGCAAAUCAUUGUGUUAUCAAUUACCCGCCAUACUUACAGAGGGAGUUACAAUUGUUAUAAGUCCUUUAAAAUCUCUUAUUUCCGAUCAAGUAAAUAAAUUGUCUUCACUGGAUAUCUAUGCCAAAAACUUUUCUGGUGAUCAAUCUAUACAGGAACAACGUGCUAUAUACUGUGAUUUAGAGACCACACCGCCACGGAUAAAAAUUUUAUAUGUGACGCCUGAAAAGAUAUCAAGUUCGGCUAAAUUUCAAGAUCUUUUAGAUACUUUAUAUAAGAACAACUCUAUUAGUCGUUUUGUCAUAGACGAGGCUCAUUGUGUAUCACAGUGGGGUCAUGAUUUUCGUCCCGACUACAAACGUUUGGGCAUAUUAAGAAAACGUUUCCCAAAAGUCAAUACCAUGGCUUUGACCGCAACUGCUACGCCACGUGUAAGACUGGAUAUAUUAAAACAGUUAAACUUAACAAAACCCAAAUGGUUUUUAUCUAGUUUUAAUCGCAGCAAUCUCAAAUACACGGUACUGCCGAAAAAAGGCGCUGCCACAUUGGAAGAUAUCAAAACAUUUAUACGUUCUCGUCCUUCUACCGAUAGCGGUAUUAUUUAUUGUUUAUCACGCAAAGAAUGUGAUGAUGUAGCGAAAGGUAUGUGUUCGGCGGGCAUAAGAGCAUGUGCUUAUCAUGCUGGCCUAAGUGAUAGUGUACGAGAGUCCCGACAAAAGGAUUGGAUAACUAAUAAAGUACGUGUAAUAUGUGCUACCAUAGCAUUUGGUAUGGGCAUUGAUAAACCUGAUGUACGUUUUGUUUUACAUUAUUCGUUGCCCAAGUCUAUAGAGGGCUAUUAUCAAGAGGCCGGUCGUGCUGGACGCGAUGGUGAAUUAGCCCAUUGUAUUUUGUACUAUAACUAUGGUGAUAUGUUACGUUAUCGCAAAAUGAUGGAUAUGGACAAAUCUGUAAACUAUGAUGUUAAAAGAAUUCAUGUGGAAAAUUUAAAUCGUAUUGUGGGUUAUUGUGAAAAUGUUGCCGAUUGUCGUCGAGCUCAGCAGUUGGAUUAUUUCGGUGAACAUUUUACUCGUGAGGAUUGUUUGAAAACUAAAGAAACUGCUUGUGAUAAUUGUUUAAAGCAGAAACGUUAUCAGAAAAUUGAUGCUUUGGAACAUUGUCGAAAGAUUGUGCGCUGUGUAAAGGACUUAUGUAGUGGGCGUUCUCGAUUUACUCUACUGCAUAUUGCUGAUGUUCUUAAAGGUUCAAAUAUAAAGAAAAUCAUCGAUAAUGGUCACAAUAAAACACCUCAUCAUGGUAUUCUUAAAGAUUGGGAUAAAGCCGAUAUUCAAAGGCUAUUACGCAUAAUGGUAACACAGGAAUAUUUACGUGAAGAUCUUAUUUUUGCCAAUGAUAUACCGCAGGCGUAUAUCUAUUUAGGAGCUAAAGUUGAAAUAAUAAUGAAAGAAAAACUCACUAUGGAAUUCCCAUUGACGCGCAAAGAAGGUAAAGCUCAGGCCCUUAGUCUUAGUAAUGAAAUGGUCGAGAGUGAGAAUAAAGCAUCAUCGAAAAGUAGUCAACAACUUAAAGAUAUCUAUGAACGUUGUUAUUCCGAUCUACUUGAUCUUUGUCGUACAAUUGCGGCUGCACGAAAUGUUACUAUGGCUAGUAUUAUGAACAUACAGGCGAUUAAGGCUAUGGCAGAGCUACUGCCCGAAACUGAAGCGGAUAUGUGUUCAAUACCUCAUGUAACAAAGGCAAAUUUCGAUAAAUAUGGUGAAAAGUUAUUAGAAAUAACAAGGAAUUAUGCUGCCGAAAAAUUAUGUCUGCUAAUGGAUCUGGAGGAGUUGGAGGAAGUAGAAAAGGAAAAGGCGCCGUCCAAAAGUUCAACACUAAAACGUGUACGUGCGGAUAGUAGCGAUGACAUGGAAGAUGAUGAUGGUGAAGAUUGGGGUAGAGCUGCGGCUUCACAAGGUAGUUCUAAUGCAAGUGGUAGUGGUAGUUAUCGUGGCGGUAAGAGAAAACGCAGUUGGCGAGGUGGAGGCGCCAAGAAAUAUCGUAAAUCUGGAGGUGCGGCAGCUUCUUCAUCGUGGGGUGCAGCCGCAACAUCUUCCCCUAGACGUAAGUAUACCAGCAAAAAGAGUUUUGGUUCGCCAGGACGUAAGAAAGCAGCGCGUGGUGGUCGGGGAGCAUCAAGUGCUGCAGCACGUAAUAGUGGCGGUGGUGGCACAUGGAUUGCAAAGAGAACAGGUACAAGUGGCGGUUUUCAAUUGAUGCCUUUACCAACAUCAAAAUAGUUUGUUAAUUAUUUUUUUAUUAAAGUGUUUUUUAAUACUUUUCGUUACUAUACAUAUAAAUUCAUAUAGUUUUUUGUAUUUUAUCACUUAAUUAGAUUUCUUAAGAGCAUUAAUAAGCAUUUAUAAAAAUAGCCGUUAAUUUAAUAAAUAAAUUUUUUUUUUUUAAUUUAA